AUGGCUGUGAAUAAACGGAACAAGACACCGGGCCUUGGCGAAAAAGGGAAGAAAGCACCAGUUGCAACACCUGAAAGUGAUGAGGAAGACAAGUACACUAAGAAGAGAACAAUUGAGUAUGUGGCGGAAAAAUGGUUGCUACAGGAUGCUCCUGAUUCAGCGCAGCUUUAUAAGACUCUUGGAUACAUAGUCACUGCGAUAGCAUUGGUACUAAGGUUCUGGCGCAUCAGUGAGCCUAGAGAGGUUGUAUUCGAUGAAGUUCAUUUUGGGAAGUUCGCCUCGUAUUACUUGGAACGUACAUAUUUCUUUGAUGUUCACCCUCCUUUGGCUAAGAUGAUGAUUGCUGCUGUUGGUUGGUUAGUUGGUUAUGACGGCAGAUUUAAGUUCGAUGACAUCGGUUAUAGUUACGAUAAAUACUACGCGCCAUUCGUUGCUUAUCGUUCGUUGAGUGCAGUCUUGGGAACAGCAACAGUUGCUGUAGUGUUCCAAACAAUGAAAGAACUGAACUUCAGAGCGGCUACUUGCUUCAUUGCCUCUUUUUUGAUCGCUGUUGACAACGCCCAUGUCACCCAAACUAGACUCAUCCUCUUGGACGCCAUGCUAGUGUUCUCCAUAGCCUUGACGUUCUACAGCUAUGUUAAGUUCUACAAAUUGCAAUUGACGAGCCCAUUCUCCUCUCAGUGGUACUUAUGGCUAUAUUUGACCGGCUUCUCUUUGAGUUUGGUCAUGUCCACCAAAUACGUGGGUAUUUUGACUUACUGUGCAAUUGGUAUUGCAGUUGCCGUAAACUUGUGGCAAAUGCUAGAUAUAAGAUCAGGUUUGUCUGUGAGAACCAUCUCUAAGCAUGUAAGCACAAGACUAAAUGGUUUGAUCAUCUUUCCAUUCAUUGUUUACCUUUUCUGGUUUUGGUGCCACUUCGCUAUUUUAAACAAAUCUGGUCCAGGCGAUACAUUCAUGUCCGUUGAUUUCCAGGAUACUUUAUACGAUGCUCCAGGCGCCACAGAAGUUAAGGAUGUUCAUUACUACGAUAUUGUAACCAUCAAACAUGAUUUAACGGAGGCCUUCUUGCACUCUCAUCCUGCAAGAUACCCACUUCGUUAUGAAGAUGGUCGUAUUUCUUCCAAUGGGCAACAAGUCACUGCCUAUGUUCACGAAGACGCAAACAACGAAUGGGAAAUAUUGCCUCCAAGAGACUCGCCAAUAAAGAAAGGUGCACCAGUUAAGCUAGAUGAGAAUAUCAGAUUGAGACAUAUUGGAACAAAUACUUAUUUAUUGGCACAUGACGUUGCCUCUCCCUACUAUCCAACUAAUGAAGAAAUUACUACCGUAACGGAAGAAGAGGCCAAUGGCGAACGUUACGACUCCACAAUUUUCCGUUUCCAACCUGUAUUAGCAAAGAAUUCUGGAAGAGUAACAAAGACCAAAAAUUCCGCCUUUAGGCUAUUCCACGUUGAAACUGCGGUGGCUCUUUGGACACACGACGAUAAACUUUUGCCUGAUUGGGGUUUCGAACAACAGGAAGUUAAUGGUAAUAAAAAGGUUCAGGACCCUGAAAACAGUUGGUACGUUGAUUCCAUUGUGAACAUGGCUGAAAAUGACCUAAGGAGAAUCUACAAACCUAGGGUUCCAAGACCAAUGUCAUUUUUGUCAAAAUGGUAUGAACUACAAAUUCUAAUGUUUGACCAUAACAACAAGUUAAGUUCUGAACAUCCAUUCGCUUCUGAACCUCAGACGUGGCCCGUUGCUCUAAACGGUGUUUCUUUCUGGACAAAAGAAGAAGGAAGGAAACAAAUAUUCUUCACAGGUAAUAUUAUUGGUUAUUGGUUUGAAGUUAUUUCCAUUGCUCUUUACGCAGGUUUGGUUAUUGCAGACUUAGUUACUAGACAACGUGCCGUCUAUUCCUUGAACAAAAUGGCAAGAGAAAAAUUGUAUGGUCCAUUGGCCUUCUUUUUGAUCAGUUGGGCUGCUCACUACUUCCCAUUCUUUUUGAUGGGUCGUCAAAAAUUCUUGCAUCAUUACUUGCCUGCCCAUAUGAUUCUUGCAAUGUUUGCAGCAUCUUUAUGGGAAACCGUUUUCACUGAUAACCAAUCUUUGAAUCUCGACCUUGAUGAAGAGAAUCCUGAAAACCCUCAUGAAGAUAAACCAAAGUUCUACACCGUUUUGUUCUAUUUCUUCUGCGUCACAGUGGUUAUCAAUGUGGGUGGAUUUUUCGUAUACUUUGCUCCGUUGGUUUACGGAUUACCAAUGACUGUAGAACAAAUCCAAGCAAGGCAAUGGUUGGAUAUCAGAUUACAAUAUGCCAAGUGA